AUCACGAGGGCUAACGAUAUCAUUUUUGACCGGUGUCGGCUUUUAUACGAAUUUGUACGAAUGUAUGGACGAAACUAGACCGACCAUUAUGUGCGCAACAAGAAUACAUUAGCACGAUAUGAGUGCCUGUUUCCAGAAGUAUGUUGGUAAACAAGGUAAAAGGAAGAAAACUGAGGACUCAGACACUGAAAGAGCUGCUCCAACACCAACAACAAAUACAGAUGAGGUUGUCAUAUCUGAUGACUCAAAUGGACAUGGGAGGACAGAUAGGCUAAAGAAGCGAAGAAAACGCAAUGAACACGUAGAUAAAGACGAGGAACUAGCAAAAGCUGAACAGUUGAUUCAAAAUGAUUUCGGGAUUACUGUUGAUGAUGGAAUGUCCAGACAGGAAAUUAUUGAACUGGCUAUGGUUCUCCUACAGUCCAAGGAAGAGAGAGAGGAGUCACCAGAUGCCAACAAACCCAGAUCUCUCAAACAAUGUUCUUCAACAACUCGAACUAGGAGAAGCACAUCAGAUGAUGAUGAUUCAUUAGAUUUGAAUGUCCCAAACUCAUCAAUAGGAGAAAGAGGGAAAUCUCCCAUUCUUAACAAACCUCAGUUUUCAAAAGAAGAUAUUAGAAACAGAAGAGGCAAUAAAUCCCCCUGAACCCAGUACAUCGUUUACUGUAGAGGAUGGUGUCGGGAUAUCUCUAAGGAAGAUUUCAAGAAGGAAAGUGACAGGAGAAGGAUGCAAAGAUAACUCACUUGAUGAUGUGAUAUUUAAGGGAGGAAGUGGAGAUGCUGUGGAUGAUGAUGAAAAGGAUCCACCCGGCACGAGGAAUCAAAGGAAGAUUGCUUCAGAGAAGCGUCAGAGGAAGCGAAGACUCACUGACGAGGCUGUUGGUGAUGAAAGUCACAGCUCACAGGAAGCUGACAGUGCUAACACCAGGCUGAAGAAGUCUCGCAAUCUGCUGCUGAACAAGCAGCAGCUGGAGACCAUGCAGGCAAAGACAUCCACUCUGCUGAAGAAGUCAGCUGCCAAAGUCAAGCUGUCUCAGGAGAGUGUGUCAGGUGGCAGCCAGCCCACCCAGACAGUGGAAGUUGAUACAGAAGAAACUCAGGCACCAGGCUCACAGGAGUUAUUUGAAGGAGAAACUAUCCCCAUGGAUUUACCAGGAACAACAGUUUCAGAUGAAGAGGCCGACCACCACAAGGGCAAGACAAGGGCCUUGAGGAGUGAAGGCAAGAAAGUUGCAGCUGCAGAAAAGGAUUCUCUGUUGUCCCCCUUGAUUCCCAUGAAACGCAAAUAUUCAAAAGCUGCGUUACUCAGGAGGUCACAGGAAAAUGACACUUCCAGAAGAAACUACUAUGCUCCUGUCUCUGCUGACCACAUAUCCUACACUAAAGUCAUCAUCCAGCUGUUCGAUAUUUAUUUCCGUAAACUGAGCAAGGAGCAGGUGAAGGCCGACUCUUAUAUUGAAUGGGGGGAAUCAGUUAAACCUGGUAGACAUAUGACCCGUACAAUUGAUGCCAAAGGCCGUGGACAGAAAUCUUAUUCUUGGAGUUCUGAAUCAGAUGAAGAAGUUACAAUUCGUUUUGAAAAAUCCUCCGAUGAAGAAGUUGAGAGCGGCGAAGGCCGUUUAAGAAUUAAAUCCCGGACGGGAGAAAGAUUGUUACGAGCAACAAAAUCCCGGAAGCUCGUCCACAAAAGUAGUUCCCCUGACAGUCCUAAGAGCUCAGAGACUGAUGUGAAUGAACAUAAACGAAUACAGCCACGACGAAUAAUCCCAACACGGAGAGAUCCAUCGAACGAGGAUGAGGAGAGUCUUCCAGAUAUUGGAAUUAGUUCAAGCGACAAACCCCCUGAAGCAGGUCAGUGUCAUUUCAGUGAGGAUGCAGUGGCGGACUCGCCAGUCUUCCCCACGCUUGUACCACAGACUCUAGCCAUGGAGGAGGACCUCUAUAUGGCUGACACAGAAACGUUUGAGCCAGAGCUGACGGAAGUACAAAGCAGGGACUCUGACAGUCCCAUGGAAAUUCAGCCAAGGAAAACCAUAGUGAACAGUCCAACUGAAAUCCAGAAAAGGGAGACAAUAAAAAGACUGGAGGAUGUGAAAGAAAGUGGUGAUCCCAAAUUUACUUCAGAAGUUUUGCCAAGGAGGUCGUUAAGAAAAUCUAGUCCGUCAACCGUGACCUGCUCUCAGGAUUCGAGAAAAGACAGUAUCAGUCUCAGCCCCAAACUUCCUGGAAGUCAGGCUAGCAGCCAGAGCAGAGAGUCAGGUUCCCUCAUUAACUCCCAAGGGGAGAUUAAAUCUUUCCAAAAAGCAAAGUCUGAGAAGACGAUGACUUUUGAUUUUGAUAUAGACGAAGAUGAUUCCAAAGAUUCUGAUGUUGGAUGUUUUGUUACCAAGAGGAAGCAUCAAGUCAGCCCCAGACAAGCAUUUGUUGGUAGUUCCCUGUCAAUAUCUGAGAGUGGGACUAAACGGGAUGUACAGGACAAGGCCGCCAGAGGUAAGGAAAGACUUACAAUAGACAUUGUGUCAUCAGAUUCUGAAGGAGAGAUCCCUGGCAAGGAGAGACUUCCUUCUGUACAUGAAAGCCCUAUUCUCUCUGUAAGGAGAAUCGGACACAACUUCACCAGGAAGAAACGUGCAAGCAUGACCACCACCAGACAGGAAGCCAUGUUGGAUGAUGAUUUCUUCAGCAAGGACAAUUCUGAUUUUGAAACAAAUAAGUCUGGAUUAAAAGUGAGGAAUUUGAGUCCUAAUUCAAAACAGCCUGCAGUAGCUUCAACGUCAAAGGACAGGAUCAUUCCAAUAAUUGUAACAGACACUUAUGAAAAGGAAUCUACUUCUGCCAGUACCUCUCAAGUUAAAGGGAAGAACUUUAGGAGUAAGUUGCACUUUGCUGACUCCGACGAUUCUGGGGAGGUAGUUGAGCCAGGACCGGAGCUGUGCACAGAAGGAAAGAUCCAGUGCCCAAUGUGUUCCAAGCUGUUCCGAGUUAACCUCAUAGAGCGGCAUGCCUCAGACUGUCUUGGUCAACAGGAGGUGACAUCAACAACAGGAGAUGAUGCACACCUGCAAGCUUCCGUAUCCAGAAGAUCCAGUCAUGAGGAUGGUAACAAGGGAGACUACUCUGGCAGGACUAGAACUGUUAAGGAACAAGUUCCAGAUGAUGAUGUAGAAGAGCCAGUACCAGUCAGAGUUAAGCCAAUACCACAAAGUCGGAAUAUGGAACAGUGCUGCGUUUGUAACAAGCUGGUGAGACAAGACCUCAUCGAGAAACACACAGAUCAGUGUAUAGCCAACAGAAUGCGGCAAGCAGAGGAAGUAGGGCAGGAUGUGUAUGACCUUGACCUUGAAGCUGAUGAACCAGAGCCAAGAGCCACCCGGUCCAGAGGACGAGGGCACCAAAUUCCAUCAGGGAUGCAACGAAACGUAAAGUAUCGCAUAAUGGAGGAAGAAACAGAUUCUCUGUCCAGUGAGAUGUCUGACAACCACGACCCCAACUGGACAACAGCACCUACAACAUCGGAGGUUGAGUCAGAUUCGCCGAUAAAGUUCAAGAAGAUAUCCCAGUUAGAAGAGGUAGAAAUGGACUUCAAAAACCAGUUUAAGUCCAAGUCUGCAGGAAGAGGUGGUAGAAGGGGUGGCCCCUCCCGUGGAAGAGGACGAAAGUGAUACGUACACUUGUACGGUUCUGACUGUACCUUAUUUCUGGAGACAUAUAUUCUGGACAGUUGUUUGUAAUAUCUCACUAUACCAUGACCUGUAUGCUUGAUGGGGCAGUGGGGUAGUCAAGAGUGUCACGCUGAAGGCCCGGGUUUGAUUCCCCACAUAGGUACAGUGUGUGAAGCCCAUUUCUGGUGUCCUAGCCGUGAUAUUGCUGAAUAUUGGUAAGAGCGGCGUAAAACCCAACUCACUGCAUGAUUGAUUCAUUAUUUAAGACCACUUCACACGAAACUGGACUAUAUGUGCAUACAGGGUUUCUAUGUUCGUUGUUUGUUAUUUUUGUUAUAUAAUCAUGAUAAGUAUGAUAGGAACUACUAUUACUUGUUACGGAAAUCGUAUUGUGAACUGGAUAUGUAACAUUGUUUGGCAAUGUGUCGGGACUGAAAAUAAUCUCGACAGAAAGCGAAUACAUGUUAAUGAGGACAAUGAAGUAGACCAGGUAAAGUUUGUUUCUUAAGGACUUGCCACACAGCUUAACUUUGUCCAAAGACUGGUAUUUAACGUCUUUAUUGCCAGUAUUAGAAACUGAGAAGCAAUUUUACAACUGCAUAAAGUAAUCAGAGGAAGUGUAAUGUAAUGUGUGUUACAUACAAACCUUGUUUUUCAAAGUACAAUUUUAGUUCUCAUAAAUUCAGCAAGAUGCA